GGCUUUCUCUUGACCAAUCAAACAGUUCCAUUAAACGGGGCGGCACAACCAAUUCUGCAUAUAAACCAGGGGUGCAGAUGAACCCCUUUCAUCAUCAGGAUCAUACAGCAACCAUGAUUUCUCUGGUCUUUGUUCUGCUCAUUGGAGCCGCUUUUGCCACGGAGGACGACAAGAUCGUCGGAGGGUAUGAGUGCAAGGCCUACUCCCAGCCCCACCAGGUGUCUCUGAACUCUGGGUACCACUUCUGUGGUGGUUCCCUGGUCAAUGAGAACUGGGUUGUGUCUGCAGCUCACUGCUACAAGACCCGUGUGGAGGUGCGUCUGGGCGAGCACAACAUCAAGGUGACUGAGGGUAGCGAGCAGUUCAUCUCUUCAUCCCGCGUGAUCCGUCACCCCAACUACAGCGCCUACGACCUCGACAAUGACAUCAUGCUGAUCAAGCUGAGGGAACCCGCCACCCUCAACACCUACGUGCAGCCUGUUGCUCUGCCCAGCAGCUGUGCCCCUGCGGGCACCAUGUGUACCGUCUCUGGAUGGGGCAACACCAUGAGCUCUACUGCUGACAGCAACAAGCUGCAGUGCCUGAACAUCCCCAUCCUGUCCUACAGCGACUGUAACAACUCCUACCCUGGCAUGAUCACCAACGCCAUGUUCUGUGCUGGAUACCUGGAGGGAGGCAAGGACUCUUGCCAGGGUGACUCUGGUGGCCCUGUGGUGUGCAACGGUGAGCUGCAGGGUGUUGUGUCCUGGGGUUAUGGCUGUGCCGAGCCCGGUAACCCCGGUGUCUACGCCAAGGUGUGCAUCUUCAACGACUGGCUGACCAGCACCAUGGCCACCUACGAGUGUGUCUUUGAUCAGCCAGUGUUCACCGGACAGACAGACACCAUGAGACUGCUCGCUCUGAUACUGCUGGUUGGAGCUGCUGCGGCAGUGCCCCGUGAGGAGGGUAAGAUCAUCGGUGGCCAGGAGUGUGAACCUCACUCCCGACCCUGGAUGGCCUCCCUCAACUACGGGUACCACUUCUGCGGAGCCGUGCUCAUCAACGAGCAGUGGGUGCUCUCUGUCGCUCACUGCUGGUACAACCCCUACGCUAUGCAGAUCAUGCUUGGAGAGCACGACCUGCGUGUGUUUGAGGGAACUGAACAGCUCAUGAAGACUCAAAACAUCAUCUGGCAUCCCAGCUAUGACUACCAGACGCUGGACUAUGACAUGAUGCUGAUCAAGCUGUUCCACCCUGUGGAGAUCACUGAUUAUGUGAAGCCCAUCCCGUUGCCCACAGGCUGCCCAUACGCAGGCCUCCCAUGCUCUGUCUCUGGCUGGGGCAACAUCGCCACUGGAGAGGAGGUAAACAUGCCCGCCCGUCUGCAGUGUCUGGAUGUGCCCAUACUGGAGGAUGAGAAGUGUGAGAUGGCCUACCCUGGCAUGCUCACCCGCAGGAUGGUGUGUGCCGGAUACAUGGACGGAGGCAGAGAUGUAUGCAACGGGGACUCUGGCAGUGGUCUAGUGUGUUUGGGUGAGGUUCAUGGCCUGGUGUCCUGGGGUCAGGGCUGUGCCGUGCCCGGACACCCCGGAGUCUAUGUCAGAGUGUGUGAGUUCCUCCCCUGGAUCGAUGAGACCAUGAAGGCCAACAUGUAACACCACUAGCUGCUUUCCUCCCUGUCUCUCAGACCUCCACUCCUCCUCACUCACUCACUCUCUCUCUCCCUCUCUCUCUCUCUCUCUCUCUCUCUCUCUCUCUCUCUCUCUCUCUCUCUCUCUCUCUCACUCUCUUUCUCUCUCUCUCCUCCUAGUUUGAUACUAAAGUAGACUCAGCACAAAGUGUAACAUGUCAAACACAAUAAAGCCUGAAGUUACACUGUC